UUUUAUUAAUCGAACCGGACACUCAGCUCCGCGAAAGCGACGAGUCGAUCCCCGUCCGUUCUUUGCGUUUUUAAAGCGACUCGUAUAUACACCAAAGCCAGAACGAGCUCUCGAAGCUUUUUCUCUCUUCUCUGCUCCCGGUACGUAGAAAUAGAAAGCUCGGCCUAAAACCAUGGACGCUGUACAAGCUCUGGUGGCGAAUAUCCAAGGGCUAUCGAGCGCUGGGGACAUCUCGCACCUUCAUGUUGUUCUGAAGCAGGCGCCGGACUCGCUCUACGCCGAGUCGACUCGAUUACUUCCUGUUCUGGACCAACUUGACCCCUCCAAACACUCUCUCGGAUACCUCUACAUCCUAGAGGCAUGCACUUCUGGUUCGAUUUCAAAGGAGCAAGGAAGUGCGUUGGUUUUGCCUAUUGCCACAUUUAUCAAUUCCUGUGAUACGGAGCAGAUUCGUUUGGCACCUGAUAAAUUCCUAUCUGUUUGUAAGAGGUUCAAAGAUCAAGUUAUGGUUCUUGAAGAACCACUGCGGGGAGUGGCACCAAUGUUGACAGCAAUUCGGAAAAUUCAGACCUCCUCAGAACAUUUGACUUCCUUGCAUCCAGAGUUUCUUCUUCUUUGUUUGUUGUCAAAAUGCUAUAAAGCUGGAUUGUCCAUUUUAGGUGAUGACAUUUUUGAGGUUGAUCAGCCAAGGGAUCUUUUUCUCUAUUGCUAUUACGGGGGGAUGAUAUGCAUCGGACAAAAGCGUUUUCAGAAAGCAUUGGAGCUUCUACACAAUGUUGUAACAGCUCCAAUGACUGUUAUUAAUGCAAUAGCUGUUGAAGCAUACAAAAAGUACAUAUUGGCUUCACUCAUUCACCAUGGGCAGUUCUCUACCAGUCUCCCUAAAUACACGUCAUCAGUAGCUCAGAGGAAUCUGAAGAACUUUUGUCAGCCCUACAUUGAAUUGGCAAAUAGCUAUAGCACUGGAAAAAUUGAAGAAUUGGAGACAUGUGUGCAGAAGUACAAGGAAAAGUUUGAAAACGACAACAAUCUUGGACUGGUGAAGCAGGUUAUAUCUUCCAUGUAUAAGCGAAACAUUCAGAGAUUGACUCAGACAUACUUGACUCUCUCCCUCCAAGAUAUCGCCAACAGUGUUCAACUAAACAGCGCCAAGGAGGCAGAAAUGCAUGUGCUACAAAUGAUCCAAGAUGGUGAGAUAUUUGCCACAAUUAACCAGAAAGAUGGAAUGGUUAGAUUUCUUGAGGAUCCUGAACAGUAUAAAACCUGUCAGAUGAUUGAACAUAUUGACUCAUCAAUACAGAGGAUAAUGGCACUGUCAAGGAAGCUGACUGCUAUGGAUGAAAACAUCUCGUCUGAUGCUUUGUUCUUAGGAAAGGUUGGAAGAGAACGACAGAGAUUUGACUUCGAUGAUUUCGACACUGUUCCUCAGAAAUUUAACAUAUGAAUUAAGCAGGAUCACGCUGUAUAUCGACCUAUCUACGUGAACUUGAGAAUUGUGAUGGCAAAAAUGCUGGACCACUUGAUGUUUUUUCGGCUCCUUAUCGUGCAAAGAGAUGAAAAAAUUUCAGUGAUUUUCUCCCAAUUGAGAAGAAGAUAUACUGUCUAGUUAUAGAAUUAGUUUUGGUCAUGUUUUGUAUUAGCUUUUGUUUUGCUUUAUUUUUUGAUUGUUUCUUACAACGGUUAUUUAAAUAGCAUGUCCAGAAAGAUGCAUUAGAGAGAGCUGAACCUAUGCAUGUGCAGUGGUAAGAAAAUUAACAAGGGUAUUGGCCUGCUCGGCCUAUGGAUCGACAUUCGAGGCUUUACACCAAGAACAUUUGUUAUGUCAAACUAUCUGGUUCGACAGACCCAGAAAUUUCUUCC